AUGCCAAACGGAGAAGAUGUUCGACUUAAAGUUAAUCAUGUUAAGAGUAAGAAAGUUGAAGGAACAUUAUAUAUGAUGAGUGAACGUAUGGGCUGGAUGCCAAAACAUAAAGAUGUAUUUACAAUAUCGUUUGAUUAUUGUGAUAUUAAAUAUCAUCGAAUAUCAUCCGAUCAAAAAUCUAAAAUACGUUUACAAAUUGUUUGUUAUAAUGAAAAUAUGACAACAUUCCAUUUUUGUAAUCCAGUGGGAUUAGAUGCACAAAAAAAAGAUCGUGAUGCUGUUUCCGAUCUAUUGAAAACACUAUUACCAGAAUUUAAAACAAUGAUGGAUCAAGCACUCGAAGUUAAAACUAAAAUUUUGAAUGAAAAUAAAACAGUUUAUCAAUUGUAUAAAGAUCUAGUUAUAAGUGGUUUAGUACCAGCCGAUGAUUUUUGGAGUAAAUAUGUUGAUUUUGAUAAAUUAACCGAGAGUACAAAAAAACAAAAUACCGGUAUAUCGGGUGCAUUUUUAACAAAUAUUCGUCCUGAAUCCGGUGAUAAUGGUGGUUUAAUUUAUAAACUGAACACAGAUACAAUUAUGUCUAUUUUUCGUACAUAUCCAGCAAUUCGAGAAAAAUACGAACAAAAUGUUCAUACUGGUCAUAUGAAUGAAGCUGAUUUUUGGCGAACUUUUUUUCAAUCACAUUAUUUUACAAUGGAUCGUAUGAAUCCAUCUCAUAC